AUGGCUUCUACAACGAUAAGUGCAAGUGUUUUGCGAGAUGAUAAGGUAGAUAAACUUAUCGAUGAAGUGGAGGCACGGCCCCCUCUUUAUAAAAAAUCUUUAAAAGAGUAUUCGGACAUUAUAUUAAAGAAAAAGUUGUGGGAAGAAGUAUGUGAAGCCGUGGUGGACAACUGGGGUACACUGCAAACAAAGGAAAAGGCAAAUGAAGGUACUAAUAUUAAGAAGAGGUGGGAUAGUCUGAGAACCUGCUUCGCAAGAGAGCUACGAGCCCAAACCAACACAAAGUCUGGACAGGCAGCUAGUAAACGCAGAAAAUAUGUAUACUUUGACAGACUUUUGUUUUUGUUACCGGAAGUAGAGCAAAGGCAAACGGUAUGUAAUAUAGGUCCUGCAGCAAAUAAUGAUGCGUGCAACGAAGUGACAGUGGACAUUGAUGAACAGGACGAUGUCACAGUACAAGACAUCGAAGAUAUUGAAGAAGACAAUGAAAAUAGAGGUGGUUGUCAAAAAAUUAGCGGCAAAAAACCAGUUAAAAAAGCAACUUACGAAGAACAACUCCUACAUGUACUGAGGACGAAACAAAACGAGGUAAACGACGAGGAAACAAAUUUUGCCUUGUCUUUAGUUCCUACAUUGAAGACACUGCCGGAAGCCAACAAAAUUCAAUGUAGGAUUGAAAUUUUGAACGUCUUACAAAGAUUCAAGUAUGGCAAUACCGGGUUUUAUCCUACAGCUGGUCAAUACCCACCGUCUUUUCCUACCAACCAACAGUUUGCUUCUGAUCAAAUCAACCAAAAUUUUCGCAAUCACUACCAAAACACAAGUGCGUUUCCUCCGUCAUUCCAAAGCUAUGAAAAUUUGACGGGAUUACCAACUUUCUCAUCUGAACCAACAAAUUCAAGAGUACUGACAACUCUUCAACCAGUACAGCGUAGCAAUCAACCGAUUCCACCGGACAAUGCGAAAUAUCCGCAAGUAUCAUCGUGUACAUCAGGGUCCAAUCAGUCAGUGACAUCGUAUUUUUCAUCUUAUGGAGAAAAAGGAUCUGGUGAAGGAGCAGAUGAUAACUCUACAUUUUAGAUUUGAUGAAGCGUUUUUCUAUAAGAAGGAUUAAUUUUGUUAUUUUAUUACGUUUGCCACAUAAAACUUUGUUUUUGACAAUUUCUAAUAUGAGAAGCUCUGCGAUUUAGGAAAAGUGAACAGAAACAUAGUGUUACGUUUUUAUUUAAGUACGAACUAUUUUGAUUCUUAUUAAGUUUGUCACAAAAAUGUUCGUUAUAAUUACAAUUACGUUAUUUACAAUUACUCAUUUGAGGAGUAACAACAGCCCUGUGAUUUUUGAGAAGUGA